ACAUUAGCCUCUGGUCAUCAAAUAGCAAAACCCAAAACAACAGCAGACGGUAUCUUCCAAGUGUCUGCUCGGGACACGGCUUCAGCCCUCUGUGGUCCCCUCUCCCCGGGGGCUUUGGGAUUCUUGUCAAGCUCCUUCAAGAGCCUGCAAGCACUUAACCAGCCACCCAGAGUUCCCCCACUGAAGAUCUGAGCAUGACCCGGGACGAGGCACUGCUGGACUCUCAUUCUGCACAGAACUUCUAUGAGAAUUAUGAGCCCAAAGAGAUCCUGGGCAGGGGCAUUAGCAGUGUGGUCAGGCGAUGCAUCCACAAGCCCACAAGCCAGGAGUAUGCCGUGAAGGUCAUCGACGUCACCGGUGGAGGCAGCUUCAGCCCGGAGGAGGUGCGGGAGCUGCGAGAAGCCACGCUGAAGGAGGUGGACAUCCUGCGCAAGGUCUCAGGGCACCCCAACAUCAUACAGCUGAAGGACACUUAUGAGACCAACACUUUCUUCUUCUUGGUGUUUGACCUUAUGAAGAGAGGGGAGCUCUUUGACUAUCUCACUGAGAAGGUCACCUUGAGUGAGAAGGAAACCAGAAAGAUCAUGCGAGCUCUGCUGGAGGUGAUCUGCACCUUGCACAAACUCAACAUCGUGCACCGGGACCUGAAGCCCGAGAACAUUCUCUUGGAUGACAACAUGAACAUCAAACUCACAGACUUUGGCUUUUCCUGCCAGCUGGAGCCGGGAGAGAGGCUGCGAGAGGUCUGUGGGACCCCCAGUUACCUGGCCCCUGAGAUUAUCGAGUGCUCCAUGAAUGAGGACCACCCAGGCUACGGGAAAGAGGUGGACAUGUGGAGCACUGGCGUCAUCAUGUACACGCUGCUGGCCGGCUCCCCGCCCUUCUGGCACCGGAAGCAGAGGCGGAUGCUGAGGAUGCUCAUGAGCGGCAACUACCAGUUUGGCGCGCCCGAGUGGGAUGAUUACUCGGACACCGUGAAGGACCUGGUCUCCCGAUUCCUAGUGGUGCAACCCCAGAACCGCUACACAGCGGAAGAGGCCUUGGCACACCCCUUCUUCCAGCAGUACGUGGUAGAGGAAGUGCGGCACUUCAGCCCCCGGGGGAAGUUCAAGGUGAUCGCUCUCACCGUGCUGGCUUCAGUGCGGAUCUACUACCAGUACCGCCGGGUGAAGCCGGUGACCCGGGAGAUCGUCAUCCGAGACCCCUACGCCCUCCGGCCUCUGCGCCGGCUCAUCGACGCCUACGCUUUCCGAAUCUAUGGCCACUGGGUGAAGAAGGGGCAGCAGCAGAACCGGGCUGCCCUUUUCGAGAACACACCCAAGGCCGUGCUCCUCUCCCUAGCCGAGGAGGACUACUGAGGGGCUGGCCAGUCAGGGAGGGCUGGGGGGCAGGUGGGGAGGGGAAGCCACGGAAAUACAAAUCAAA